AUGCCGCCGCCGCUGUCGCCGCCGCUGCUGCUGGCGCUGCUGGCGCUGCCGUGCGGCCGCGGCGAGGGCGAGCCGUGCGGCGCCGAGGGCCGCUGCGCCGCCGGCCUCGAGUGCGUCAAGAGCCGCAAGCGCCGCAAGGCCAAGGGCGGCGCGGAGCUGCCGUCGACGGCCGCGGCGCCGCUCGGCGUGUGCGUGUGCAAGAGCCGCUACCCGGUGUGCGGCAGCGACGGGCUCACCUACGGCAGCGGCUGCCAGCUGCGCGCCGCCAGCCUGCGCGCCCAGAGCCGCGGCGAGCCCGCCAUCAGCCAGCGCAGCAAGGGAGCCUGCGAGCAAGGUCCUUCCAUUGUGACCCCUCCCAAGGACAUCUGGAACGUGACGGGAGCGCAGAUCUACCUGAGCUGCGAGGUGAUCGGCAUCCCGACGCCCGUGCUCACCUGGAACAAGAUAAUUCGGGGACAGUACGGCGUGCAGAGGAUGGAGCUCCUGCCCGGGGACCGGGAGAACCUGGCCAUCCAGACGCGAGGGGGCCCGGAGAAGCACGAAGUGACGGGCUGGGUGCUGAUAUCKCCUCUGAGCAAAGAGGACGCCGGCGAGUACGAGUGCCACGCGUCCAAUGCCAAGGGCGAAGCRACGGCCUCUGCCAAAAUCCACGUGGUGGAAACGCUGCACCAAGGAGCCCUGGGCAAAGAUGCUGGUGCAGAGCUGUGACAGGCCGGCAGCCCCUCGCGCCAGUGUUCRUGAGCUCUAGGUCAAGCUGCAACCUCUGGCUUUCUAUAGCCACCCGUGAGCAACCUCCUGCCGCCAUUGCUGAUACCGCCUCCUUCRGCACGGAUUUGCUUGCACACUUUUCUCUUUUG